AUGGAUGUAGACGCAGCUCAGGCUCAGUGGGCUGGUCCGAGCAACGCCAAGAAAGACAAGACUGGCAUCACCUGCUACAAUUGCGGAAAGAAAGGACACUUCAAGAAGGAAUGUCGCAGUCCACGCAAGGACUGGAAGCCUGUCCCAGGGAAGGAAGUUGCAACCGUCACUCGAGGAGCAAGGGUCACAGAGGUCGCAGCUGCCAACUACGCUGACGAACACACUGAACGAUACCUGAACCCUGUUCCCGAAGAAAGAACGCUGGAGACGGACGACACCGGGGAAGUCGCACCCCCAGCACACGUCCAGGAGACGGCAAGGACGUGGGGACUCCCAUUGGUCCAAGACUCGGAUGGACGAUGGAGGGUCCGCAGUGCAGGAGAUGAGCAGGAAGGACCGAACGUCGUCUAUCUGCAGAAGCGAGUAAUCGAACUGCGAGAACGCAACGCUGAACUCGACGAUGAAAUCCACAAGCUCGAGCAGAAACUCGCUGACCAAACAUGGGAACGCAACCCCAGCACCAACUACGACGGACCAUCGACAUGGGGAUUCGAACAUGAAACGUUGGAAGGAUUGCGCCAACCCGAGACCGAAUACAACGAGAUGUGGGAACGAGAACGGUGGGCAGGGCGCGCACCGCCCACAUGGGAAGAGUACUGGCAGUGGCGUCAGUACAUCAGCACCGGCCAAACCACGCAAGAAAUUGAAGCACAAAGGUACGGACCAGACUUCACCUACGUGGUGGGGGAUGCACCACAGCUCUGGAAGGGAACAAACAACCAUCGUUUUGCCCCAUGGUUCCAGUGUGUGGACCACCACUGCCGAUACCACUUCAAGGACAAGCACGAUUUCAACCAUUGGCCAGUUAGGGGAACGACACCACAGGGCUUGCAAAAGCCAGUGACAUGGACGUUCCACCACGGGAAGGGGAACGACGACGACUUGUGGUAUGUGGCCAAAGUCAACGACAAAACAUUCCGAGUGUGGCCACUUCGGGCAUGGCCAGCGGCAUGCCAGGCACACGGGAACUACAAGCUAUGCAGGGAUGCUACCUGUAUAAGGCACAUCGCCGAGAAAGUCCAAGAAUUCCACGAGCGGAAGGCCCUGGCAUGGGAACCAGGCACCUACCGACGACGAAGGCGUGGAAGCCCACGAUGGGAAGAAGCACGCAUCAACUGGCUUCGAGAAAAUGCCACGCUGGGCGAAGGCAUUGAGGAAGGGGACGCCUUUCCUACAUCGGAACAGUCGACCGAGCUACAAACCCAGUUGGGAAACGGCUCAGGGCCCUUCGAGGGGCCCGGAAGCGCUUAA